GCGGCAACUCGUGGAUACCGAAGAAAGCUUCAAACGCGUUUGAAGCUUUCGAGGUCGUAUUCAUGGAACUAUGAACCUGGACUCGUUGUCUUUUACUUUGUCACAAAUCAGUUAUUUGGUUGCGAAUUUGAGUAAGAAAAAUUUCGAGGACAGCUGUCGGCGCAUAUCGGGCUAUGUGCAGUGGCAUGGUCUAGAGGUGGACCGACACUUGUUACGCUGUCUGAUCUCGUGCGUUGACUUUUCGAAGGGCGAACCAUCAGAUUCGAGUGGGAAAGAUUAUUUCCAAGCAAAGUUACUAAAACAGGAGUGCAAUAGCUUAUUGAGCAAACCUUCUUUUACAUCUACUUUGUGCUUUGCCAUAGAUAAUCCUUUACACCAUCAAAAGUCAUUGAAUCCUACUCCCAAGUUUUUUGUCAAUUUGAAAAAAACACUUGGCCUGACCUUGGUACAGGAGGUCGCAUUUGCGAUUGCGUUACAGCAAUCGGAAAACGCGGAAAUUCGUGCUUUAGCCUUAGAGCAUACUCAAAAGCAGCUACUUGAGUUAAUAAAGAAUUAUAUAAACUCUGAGACGAGCAACAAACAUCACGAGGGUGGUUUGCACGAUUCUUUGCCUCAAGUCCUUCAUUUGAUACUUAUCCAGGCUUUUAAUACUGCCAAUCCAUACAAUCUACCUACGGAAACGAAAGAAAAGUUUCGCAAACAUUUGAGACGCGACUUUCCUCGUGAAUUGGUACCAGUGGUGUUAGCACCAUUUCUGUAUCCAGGAGACGAGGAACCUCUGCAAUUCAAAAUCGAAUUAAACAUGGCCGUCACUCAAAUGGAUAGUAACACUCUUGUAGAGUUGAUUAUGGAAUUAGGAUAUAGUUUUACUACUAGCAUAGACGAAUGUCGAUCGGCAUUAACGGGCUUAGGUGCCAGGGAGAUAUCCCCAGCAUGUGUUGCUCGUGUAUUGUCACAAAUGGCACGUAGCUGCAGCAACCUCGAUGAUGCUGGAGGCCUACAAGCGUUUUGGGGCAAUUCGACCGCCUCACAGGACUCGAAUAAAGAAAAACCAGCGGAUAGUACCAUUCCUACAACAUGGAACGUUGAAAUAUUCGUUCUCACGUUGAAAGAAAUACAAUCUACAUUGUCUUGGAAUGAAGUCAUCAUAAAAUUAGAUCAUCCAGAAUUUAUUAUCAAGGAUAGGCAAGGUUUAAAUUUACUGAUUACGGGUCUCAAGCUAGGCCUGCAGCAACAGGGAUAUCCACCUGACAUGUUUCCCGUUGAACUCUUGUAUCGACACUGGGAAAAUGUAGAAGGCCAAUUUUCUUUAAUUCAGCAAAUUCUCAAAUGCCCGGAUAUAUUUUGCUUCGCUGACUAUCCGUACCAUUCCGUGACAGUCGAUGUAUUGAAAGCGGCACCUGAGGGCGAUAGCAAGGAAGGGCAAACGUGGCGAUCGUUGAACAUAGUCGAGUUGCUUUUGCACAUGGCCGAAAGAGGCUUGUACAACCCUGUGCAGGAAAUCUUCAAAUGGCCACUUCAGCAUUGCCCAGAUGUGCUCAUCUUGGCUUUAUUGCAGAUAAAUCCACCUUUCACGUUACUGAGACAGGAAUUGUUCACCACGCUGUUGCCAAUCUUUCUUGGCAAUCAUCCAAAUUCUGCUGUGAUACUGCAUCAUGCGUGGCAUGCUAAUAAUCCCAAGAUAAAGACACUUAUAAUGCAUGCUAUGGCAGAUUGGUAUACACGCGGUGAUCACGAUCAAACAAGAUUAUCGCGAAUCUUAGAUGUCGCCCAGGAUUUGAAAGCACUCUCUGCUUUACUUAAUUCGCAGUCAUUUCCAUUCGUCAUUGAUCUUGCCUGUUUAGCUUCUCGACGAGAGUAUCUGAAACUUGAAAAAUGGUUAACAGACAAGAUUAGAGAUCAUGGAGAAGUUUUUGUUGCUGCAUGUGUGAAGUUUCUACAACGACGAUGUCCUCAAGUUAUGGGUCCUGGUAUCAAAGAAGAUCCUACGGUUCCCAAGGCAAGCCAACUGCCACAAGAAACACUCACAACAAUCUUAGCUUGCUUGCAAGUUUGUGCCGGAAGUGUCUCACAAGAACUUUCGGAAUUAAUAAUGACGAUGGUGCAGAAUUGCAGUCUAAUGCUAAGUAAGAGCACCAUGAACAGACCUCCACCGCCAGGAGUUCUGAGACAUCGAGGAUUAGAACCAUUUAAUCCAGCAACUUUAGGAAGCCAACUAUUUUCUUCAAAGCAAGUGGAUCCUCUUGGAAAUCUUAAUACAAGUCUUGCUUCCAUGGGUCUUGGAACAGGUCUUGGGCCUCCAAGUAGCUCCGCAUUUAAUUUACCUGGCGCGCUAGGUCCCCUGGUUUCGGCGCCUGGCUCUCCCUCACGACUCAUGGGACCUUCUCCAAGUCCAUUUCCUACUAUGUUGCCAUUAUCCUCACAAUUACACUCAGGUCCAGUUGGUACUCAGGGACCCUCUGUGCUCCCUAGUGGUACGAUAGGUGGAUUAGGGCGUCUCGGACCACCAGCCGGUAUUGAAAAAGCAAGAAUACCGGAAACCUCCAAUUUGUUUCCAGAUAUGGGACAAAAUGUAUCUAAAGAGGUCGAGGACGAAGCUAAUAGCUAUUUUCAACGUAUAUACAAUCAUCCACCGCAUCCGACUUUAUCGAUUGAUGAAGUGCUUGAUAUGUUGAAAAAAUUUCAAGAUUCUGGUAUUAGACGGGAAAGAGAGGUGUUCAACUGUAUGUUACGAAAUUUAUUUGAAGAAUACAGAUUUUUCCCACAAUAUCCAGAAAAAGAAUUGCAAAUAACGGCACAAUUGUUUGGUGGGAUUAUUGAGAGAGGUCUUGUUAACAGUUACGUGACACUUGGAUUAGCGUUGCGAUUCGUCCUUGAUGCGCUUAAAAAACCAGAAGGCAGCAAGAUGUAUUAUUUUGGCAUAACAGCUUUGGAUCGAUUUAAGAGUCGUUUGAAGGAAUAUCAAACAUACUGCGAACAUGUUAGAACGAUUUCGCAUUUCGCUGAAUUUCCACCUCACCUAGUGGAAUAUAUAGAGUAUGGAUUACAAGGGCAAGAACCACCGUCGAGACCGCAGGGUCCAAAAACUUUAGCAGCAAUGUUAGCUCCAGUUACAACCCCGUACAAAACUAUGACUACGACUACCAUCACAACUAGCACCACGCAAGCAAAACCAUCUACGACUCCAACUACGUCUCUCUCGGCCAGACCCUCUAUGCCAUCUGUCGCAAAUGCAACUAAUAUCGAUACAUUGCUUGUGGCAACAGAUAAAGAAGAAAAAAUUACGACGCCACCGGAAGCUUUGCAGGACAAAACUGCUUUUAUUUUCAAUAAUCUCAGCCAAUUGAAUUUGCAGCAAAAAUGUGACGAGAUCCGCGAAAUUGUCACGGAAGAAUACUGGCCGUGGAUGGCACAGUAUUUAGUGAUGAAACGUGCCAGCAUAGAAUUGAACUUUCAUGCUUUAUACUCGAAUUUUCUAGAUUGCAUAAAAUUACCUGAAGUGAAUAAAAUGGUCACAAGAGAAACAUUCCGAAAUAUUAAAGUUCUCUUACGAAGUGAUAAAGGAAUAGCUAAUUUCUCUGAUCGAUCGUUGUUGAAAAAUUUAGGACACUGGCUCGGAAUGUUGACACUUGGCAGGAAUAAGCCUAUUUUACAGAUAGACAUAGAUUUGAAAAGCUUACUUGUUGAAGCAUAUCACAAAGGGCAACAAGAACUUCUUUAUGUAGUACCUUUUGUUGCAAAAGUACUUGAGAGUUGUGCGAAAAGUCGUGUUUUUCGACCACCCAAUCCAUGGACCAUGGCAAUUAUGAACGUUUUAGCCGAAUUACAUCAAGAACCUGAUUUGAAGCUGAAUUUAAAAUUUGAAAUAGAAGUACUUUGCAAGAAUCUAAGCAUUGAUGUUGGAGAACUAAAACCGGUCAUUUACUUGAAAGAUCCCGAAAAAUUGCGCAAUCUAGAGUAUCAGUUAUCACAUCCGAAUAAGAAAUCAGAGACGACUAAUAAUCAACAGCAACCUCAGGGGCCUAUAGAGGAGUUAGUUGGUCCGACAACGAGCGGCACCAUCAAUCCUCAAACUGCGCCACCAGUAAACACAACACCUUCGUUACCGGCUGGUCCACCAGAACCACGAUUUAAUUACAUGGAUAUAUCUGUAACGGGCAUUGCUAAUAUAUCUCAACACAUUACUAUUAACAAUCAAUUACCGUUAUUCCAAACGCAUCCUCAUUUGAAACAGUUUAUACGCCCAGCGGUUGAAAGAGCAAUUCAGGAAUGGAUCCAUCCUGUGGUAGAUCGGUCUAUUAAAAUUGCUCUUACAACCAGCGAGCAAAUUGUGAGGAAAGAUUUUGCUUUGGAUCCAGAGGAAGUACGAAUGCGUACAGCAGCGCGUCAUAUGGCGCGUAACUUAACCGCUGGCAUGGCUAUGAUCACAUGUCGUGAUCAGAUUUUGGCAUCAAUUAGUACGAAUUUGAAACAAGCCUUUCUCACAGCGUUGAUUGGUACAACUCCACAGCAGAAGGAACUUGUUGAACAAGCAGCAAGUGUAGUUGCUGCUGAUAACAUGGAAUUGGCAUGUGCGUUCGUACAAAAAACUGCUAUUGAGAAAGCAAUACCUGAAAUGGAUAAACGGUUACUAAACGAAAUUGAGUUGCGAAAAAUCGCUCGGCAAGAAGGAAGAAGAUAUUGUGAUCCUCUUGCUAAAUAUCAAGCUGAGAGAAUGCCAGAGCAGAUAAGGUUGAAAGUCGGUGGCGUAACGCCUCAGCAAAUGGCUGUAUACGAAGAGUUUGCAAGAAAUAUUCCGGGAUUUCUUCCUCUCUCUGAACGGGAUACACAAACACUCUUUAUACCGAAACCUAUUUCGGAGGCUCCUCUUACUGCAUUCACACCCAACUCUGCGGUGGCAGUCGCUACAGCACAACAAGUAGCAGCCUAUGCAACUGUAGCAGUUAGCAACGACGAAGUGGGUGCAAUGUUGGAAAAACUUGCAACAGAAGUUGAAGUCUUGUUAGCUGCUAUGGUACCUGCGGCACCUCCACCGCAACACGCUAUCCUUCAUAGUCUUCUAGAAUCUAUUGUACUCACGAGAAGAUCAAGAGAUGCCAAUGCAGCUAUGGCAUUAUUAAAGAAGGCAGUCGAAGGUUUGCUAGAUGGACCCAUCUUAAACAGUGGCGUCAUCGAGUCUGAAAAUCUAAUACAGCGCUACAGAGAACUGCACUUACGGAUCUUGAAGUGUCUUCAAGACCCACGUGCAUAUGGUAUGCAAUGGACCAACAAACACGUGACUCGUUGUCUAAUCGAAUGCCGGGAAGAUUACCGAUAUAAUUUCGAAGCUGUAGACUAUCUUAUAAGAUCUCAUUUGAUUAGUCUUCCACAAUAUGACAUAGCUGUAGCGCAAGCUGUAGAGGCGGGAAAUGCCUUGGCAACAGUAUUUGCUAUGCAAUUGGUUCAACUUUAUUUGAUUGACGAGAGGCAAGCGACUCAUGUUACCGAAACUGACUUAUUCCAUACGAUUGAGAUAUUGGCUCGAAUGUCGCAUCAUCGAACACCACCAGAAGGAAUUUCGCUCUACAGACUGACGAGUCUAGUAGAAUCACUGCGUGCCAAUGUCGAUUCUGGUAUCUUGGUAGACCGAGCUCCAGCAGGACCUACAGCCCACAUUCAUUCCGGAAUCCUGCAGGUGAGAGCUCGCGAUUUUGACGAUCCACCUGGAUUGAUGGAUAAAACGGAGUAUUUGUUACGUGAAUGGGUACAAAUGCAUCAUAAUCCACAGUACGCACGAGAUCCGACGAAGGCGUUUAGCAUAUUUGUUCAUCAAAUGAACAUUCACGGCAUCCUGAAGACCGACGAUCUCAUCACGAGAUUUUUCAAAUUGAGUACUCAGAUGUGCGUCGAGCUUUGCUACCGAACACUAUCAGAAACUGGCUUAGCUCCCUCGAUCAUACGUGCGAAAUGCUUCCACUCAUUGGAUGCGUUUGUACGUCUCGUGGCACUUCUGGUGAAGCACUCAGGCGAUGCUACUAACACUCAUACCAAGAUUAAUCUCUUAAAUAAAGUGCUUGGUAUUGUAGCCGGAGUGCUGUUACAAGACCACGAAAUACGCGGCUCCGAUUUCCAACAAUUGCCGUACCAUAGAAUCUUCAUCAUGCUUUUCUUGGAAUUAUGCGCGCCUGAACCGGUACUAGAAGCCGUGAAUUUCCAAGUUCUGACUGCCUUCUGCCAUACCUUACACAUCUUACGACCAGCGAAAGCAUCAGGCUUCUGUUACGCUUGGCUGGAGUUAGUUUCACACCGAGUCUUCAUCGGCCGUAUGCUAGCUAUCACGCCGCAGCAAAAGUGCUGGGGAAUGUAUGCGCAGCUUCUCAUCGAUUUGUUUAAGUACCUCGCACCGUAUCUUCGAAAUGCGGAGCUAGCGAAGCCUGUAACGAGUCUGUACAAAGGGACGCUACGUGUGUUACUUGUAUUGCUUCAUGACUUCCCAGAGUUCCUUUGUGAUUAUCAUUAUGGAUUUUGCGAUGUGAUACCACCAAAUUGCAUACAAAUGAGAAAUCUGAUUCUGAGUGCGUUUCCGAGAAACAUGCGACUGCCGGAUCCAUUUACGCCAAAUCUAAAGGUCGAUAUGCUACAGGAGAUUGCUCACGCCCCGCGUGUUCUCACCAAUUUUGCGUCCACAAUACAACCGUUGACAUUCAAGAAAGAACUCGACUCUUAUUUAAAGGCUCGUGCGCCGGUUACCUUUUUAUCUGAACUUCGCAGCAAUUUGCAAGUGUCACAAGAGGCUGGUGUGCGUUAUAAUAUUCAACUGAUGAAUGCUCUAGUGCUUUACGUAGGCACGCAGGCUAUUGCACAUAUUCGCAAUAAAGGCCAUGCUCCUAAUAUGUCUACCAUUGCACACUCCGCACACAUGGACAUCUUCCAGAAUUUGGCUGUCGAUCUGGAUACCGAAGGCCGGUAUUUGUUCCUAAACGCCAUUGCGAAUCAGUUGCGGUAUCCUAAUAGUCACACGCAUUACUUCAGUUGUACGAUUCUUUACCUAUUCGCUGAAGCGAAUACGGAAGCGAUACAGGAGCAAAUUACGAGGGUCCUUUUGGAAAGACUGAUUGUCAACAGACCACAUCCAUGGGGUCUUCUCAUCACUUUCAUCGAACUGAUCAAGAAUCCGAAUUAUAAAUUCUGGUCACACGAAUUUGUACAUUGUGCGCCGGAAAUUGAGAAAUUGUUCGAAUCCGUAGCUAGAUCGUGUAUGGUACAGAAGCAGGUUCCCUCAACGGAGACGGAGAUUCCAGAGUGAUAGAACGUUUUACUUCUCAACUGUCGCUAUGUGUACAGUAAAAUGAAAGUUUAAUGACUGAGUAUUGCGUGUAAAAAGUUGUUAUUGUAGGGAUAAAUGUACUAUUACGUUUAAAUUUUUGAGAAGGGUAAAUAUCGAGUAAUCGUAAAUAAGUGUGUAUCGAUUUAUAUAAUGUGUAAGUGAGACUUAUUGCGUUAAUAUUUUAAUAAGAAGGAACAUUGAUUAAGGGGAGCAAAACCUCAUACACCUCACUAAACGUGUCUUUCGGACAAUGUAUUUCACACUGUGUAUUAUAUAUAAACGGCAUUGUACACAUGACACAAAUGUCAGUAUAUACAUAAUAAAGUGUAUCGUGGUUGAACAAGAGUUCACAAAAAAAUAACAAAUGGUGUUCAACAAAUGCAA